GGUAAUGGCGAGCAGGCACGGGUAGCGCAGCGGGCGGCAUGGCGGGCAUGCCCGUGCUCGGGAACAGCGUCGGAGCCGGCGAACUGCGCGACACCAGCCGCGAGGCGAGCAACAGGUCGUCAAGCAGCGGCUCCCGGCGCGGCUCCUCCCCGCACCACGCACAGGACCAUGAGACGUGUGACGCGACCGUCCACAAGCCUGACCUGACGAGGACGCGGCCCACCAGCUAUGACCGGGAGUACCACGAUAAGGUCCCUACCAUGGCGACGUUAAGCGGUACUGGUGUGGUGACCCACACAGCUCCGUCUUACGAGGAGCAACGCGCGAACCCCGCGCUGCUCAGCCGCGGCGCCAGCGGCACGCCCGGCGGCCGCAGCGUCAGGGAUGACGGCUACUGCUCAGCUAGCAGCACGCCCAGAGCCUUCGACAACAAAUCUACGAAAGGUUCGGUGGUGACCCUGUCCUGUUAUAAGAAGGAACCCAAAAUACAAAUAGAGGAGGAAUGCUUCUAUAGUGAACCGAAUAAACGACUCAGGACGAAUAGUAUCAAGACUGAGGCUGAUGAUGGGCGGGAGACCUGGGGCACGGGUGCGGACUUCCUGCUCUCCAUCAUUGGAUUCGCGGUGGAUCUCGCCAAUGUCUGGCGGUUCCCGUAUCUCUGCUACAGGAAUGGGGGUGGCGCAUUCCUGAUCCCUUACACGUUGAUGCUGGUGUUCGGUGCUGUUCCACUAUUCUACAUGGAGCUUAUUCUCGGACAGUACAACCGGCAGGGACCGAUCACGCUCUGGAAGAUAUGCCCGCUCUUCAAAGGUGUGGGGUUCUGCGCGGUGAUGGUGGCUUUCUACGUCUCCUUCUAUUAUAACGUCAUCAUCGGAUGGGCGUUCUACUUCCUAGUGUCAUCAGCUCGGUCGGAGCUCCCGUGGGUGCACUGCGACAACUCGUGGAACACAGACCAGUGCUGGGACUCCGGCCGGGACAACGCUACCAACAGGACUGAUGUCCGCUACCAGGGACCGCUGUCGCACUUCACUCCGGCUUCAGAGUUCUUUCACCGAGCUGUCCUUGAGAUGCAGAAUUCCGAGGGCCUGAAUGACUUGGGUUUCCCCAAAUGGCAACUGGCGAUCUGCUUGGGACUGGUGUACGUCACUCUCUACUUGUCGCUGUUCAAAGGUGUCAAGAGCUCUGGUAAAGUGGUAUGGAUGACAGCGACGAUGCCAUACGUGGUGCUCUCCAUCCUCCUUGCUCGAGGACUGCUGCUGCCCGGCGCCACGCGAGGCAUCGCCUACUAUCUGCAGCCAGAACUCACCAGGCUGAAGGAUACACAAGUGUGGGUGGAUGCGGCAGUUCAAAUCUUCUACUCUGUCGGCGCUGGUUUUGGAGUCCACCUCUCGUACGCCAGUUACAACACGUUUCACAAUAACUGCUACAGAGACUGCUUGGUUACGACGCUGGUCAACUGUUUCACGUCGUUUUUCUCCGGAUUCGUAAUCUUCACAUAUCUUGGGUUCAUGUCUCAUAAACAAGGCGUACCGAUAUCGUCAGUGGCCACCGAAGGUCCUGGGCUGGUGUUCCAAGUGUAUCCCGAGGCCGUGGCGACCCUACCGGGUGCCAGUCUGUGGGCGAUGCUCUUCUUCUUCAUGCUCAUCAUGCUAGGAUUGGAUUCGGGGAUGGGCGGUCUGGAGUGUGUGAUCACCGGCUUGCUGGACCAGGCGCGUGCGUGUGGUGCCACCUGGCUGCGGCGAGAACAUUUCACCCUCAUCGUCGUCUGUGUAUCAUUCUGCGUGGCCUGUAUUAAUGUUACACCGGGCGGUAUCUACAUGUUCCAUCUCCUAGACACGUAUGCUGCUGGUAUCUCGUUGCUCUGCUCCGCGCUGUUCGAAGCCGUUGCUGUGUCUUGGUUCUAUGGUUUGAAACGGUUUUCUGAUGACGUGGAGGAGAUGCUCGGCUUCCGACCUGGUCUGUACUGGAGGAUAUGCUGGAAGUUCGUCAGUCCCACCUUCAUUAUUGGUGUGGUGGUAUUCGGGCUGCUAUACCAGCAACCUCUCCAGUACCAGCAGUACACGUACCCGCCGUGGGCCGUGGUGCUGGGCUGGGGGCUGGCCUGCUCCUCCAUCCUCAUGAUCCCAGUCGUCGCUAUCUACAAGCUCAUCUCCACGCCGGGGACAUUCCGUGAGCGCGUGGCUUGCUGUAUCUCACCGGAAUCAGAGCAUGAGGCCAUUCGGGGAGGCGCCCCUGUCAGUCGCUUCUCCUGGCGACACUGGCUGUACGUGUAA